ACGCAAUGGAUUGACCUCAGCGUGCAAAUGGCGCUCGGCUCUGCCGUCAUCCUGAGCUCCCUGUCCAUGCACCGGCGGCCCGCCGUAUACCGGAAUGGUAGCAUUGUCGACGGUCAAUUCACCGUCUCACUCCUCCAAAGAUACACAUUCUCCUGGAUCAACGCCCUACUCGACCAUCCGCGCGACGGCGCGCAAAUCGGGUUUCAUGACCUGGCGGUCGUCGACCAGAAGAAUCGGUCCCAACCCCUGACGUCUCACUUUGAGUCGUCUGCGGCUAAGGAUCUCGCCGCGCCGCUGUGGCUGCAGCUCUAUCGCGCCCAUCGUCGCGUCUUCUGGUGGCAGUGGUUCCUGGUCGCCGUGCAGAACGUGGUCGCCUACGCCCCCCAGUUCUGCCUCUUCCACAUUCUCCGGAUCCUUGAGGGCCAGGGAGAUGUCUCUCGUGUCACGACAGAAUUGCUCAUGUGGGCAAUUGCCAUGGGGCUUUCGCGGGUAGUGUUGGUGUUUGUGGAUACUCGACUCAAUUGGGCCACGGGAUCGCUGCUAGAGAUUCCCUUGCGAUCGCAGCUGUCUGCCUUGAUCUUUCUGAAGUCUCUACGCCUGAAGGACAUCAGGACCCCGAAUGAGGAAAGUGAGAACGAAUCGACGGAGACGGUCGGGGUAGGAAAGGCGCCCAAGGCCGAAGAGGAUGCAGAGCAUGUUGACCUAACGGGGCUCGCGGAGCAGGGCAUUGUCAACCUGCUCGGGGUGGACGCGACGCGGGUAGUGGAGUUCGUUGCCCGGACGUACAUCUUCCUGGGCAUUGGGAUCAGCUUGCUGGUGGCAGGGACUGCGCUGGUGCGGCUGAUCGGCUGGAUCCCCUUCGUGCUGGGCCUACUGGCGCCCGUCGUGCUCAUGCCGCUGAACCUGCUCGCCUCGCGCGCCUACGGGCAAGCUCAAGCAGGGCUAAUGGUUCAGAGAGACGCCAAAGUGACCGCGGCCAGCGAAACGCUGCAGGGAAUCCGGCAGAUCAAGUGCGCGGCCAGCGAGCAGCAGUGGCAGGCCCGCUUGAUGGCCAUUCGCGCGCGCGAGUUGCACCACCAGCGCCGCGUCUUCCUCUGGACAAUCAUCCUGCGCCUGUUCUGGAUCUCCUCGCCGAUCUUACUCUCUGUCAUUGCCCUGGCCGCGUACGCAUGGCUCCACGGCUCCCUCGCCCCCUCCGUGGCCUUCACGGCGCUCGCCGUCUUCGGCAACCUCGAGGUCGCCCUCUCGGUCAUCCCUUUCGCGCUGACCCAGGGUUUCGACGCCGCCGUCAGCUGCCGGCGAAUCGAGCGUCUGCUGCGCCAGACAGAGCAGCCCAGGGCGGUGCUGCCCGCAGAGAAAGGGGAGAUUGUGAUUGAGCGGGCUACGAUUGCGUGGCCGGCCGAGCAGCCGCCGCACGACGGUGGCCCGUCCCCGCGCAAAGAUGCGAAUCAGCACUUCCAGCUGCGGGAAGUGAAUGCAGUCUUCCCUAAGGGCGAGCUAAGUCUGAUCCAGGGGAAAAGUGGAUCGGGGAAGAGCCUGCUCCUGGCUGCCAUUGUUAACGAGGCGGAGAUCCGCGCCGGAAAGGUGUAUGUUCCAUCCAGCCCGCCGGGGCAAGCCCUCACUAAGGCAGAUGACUGGGUGCUUGAUGCCUUGCUCGCUUACCUGCCGCAGCCGCCGUGGAUUGAGAACGCCACGGUCCGCGAGAAUAUCCUUUUCGGCUUGCCCAUGAAUCCUGCCCGGUACGAAGAGACCCUCCGGGCGGCAGCGCUGGUCCAAGAUCUGCAGCAGAUGGAGCGGUCCGAUCUCACUGAGGUCGGCGUCCAGGGCAUCAAUCUGAGCGGAGGCCAGCGAUGGCGGCUCGGGUUGGCGAGAGCCUUGUACUCGCGGGCGGGGAUGUUAGUGCUGGAUGACAUCUUCAGUGCGGUCGACGUGGGCGUCGCGCAGGUCCUGCUGGAGAGGGGUCUCCGAGGACCCCUGGGACAAGGUCGGACCAUUCUCUUGGUGACCCACCAUGAAGCCCUUUGCCUGCCCCAUGCCUCGUACGUACUUCGUAUCCGGGACAGCGGUCAAUGCCAUGGAGCCAGAGUCCCGUCUCCCCAGAUCGAUCUUCUGAGUCCACGGGAGACUCAUCAUCCCGGCCACGCAGUCGGGGUGCCCGCCGUAGCUCCAGAGGAGGCGCUAAGAUACGAAAAUAUGAUGCACUUUGAGAAUUCCUGCGGAGAUGCUGAGGGCAAGCUUGGUCCCACUGGAACGUCUCCUUGGAUUCGCGACGAGUUCCGCGAGCGUGGCUCGGUGAAGUGGCGCGUCUAUAGCCAGUACAUUGCGCACUCAGGGGGUACGCUGGUCUGGGUACUGGCCAUUCUGGUCGUCAUUGCCUCCCAACUGGCCCUGUUUGGCCGCGGGUGGUGGAUGAAGGUCUGGACGCAGUUCAACGAGAGGCUCGGCUCCCCAGCCAUCCAGCUGGGCCCACCGGAUCUGCGGCUGAACUACUAUCUCACCAUCUACGUGGUGAUCUCGCUGUCGGCCAGCCUGCUCGAGGCCGGCAAGUGCGGGUUUGUCUAUGUGGCGGCCCUCAACGCCUCCCACCGCUUGUUUCACUCGAUGCUCGAUGCGAUCCUACACGCGCCGCUGCGGUGGCUGAACACGGUGCCCACCGGCCAGAUCCUCAACCGGCUGACGGCGGACUUUGCCCUGGUCGACUCGCGUGUCCCCGGAGACACGCACACGCUGCUGUCGGCAGCUACCGCGCUGGCGAUCAUCUGUAUCUCCGGGGUGCUGGUGUCCGCGUGGGUGAUUGUGCUGGAGCUGGCGCUGGUUGGCGGGUGUUUGUUAUAUGUGCGCCGGUUCCUGCCCGCGGCCCGCGACGUCAAGCGCCUCGAGGCCACGGCCAAGUCGCCGAUUUUCGAGCUACACCGGUCCUGUCUGGCGGGGCUGGGAACCCUGCGCGCGUUCGGGGUGGCCGGGCGAUACGCGGAGCGCAUGUUGUGGCUGAUCGACAACCAGGCACGUACGCACUGGGCAUUUGCGCUAAUCACGCAGUGGGCGGCCUGGCGCAUUGGGAUCAUUGGCGCAUUGUUCGGCUUCCUGAUUGUCGUGGCAGUGGCCGCCAAGCACGUCGACGCCCCGUUGGCCGGGUUCAUCCUCACCGUGAGCCUGGAGUACAGCAAGAUGCUGGAGGACCUGAUGCGCCGCGUCAUCAGCCUGCAGCUCAACAUGAGCUCCACGGAGCGGGUGGUUGAAUUUGCCAGCAUCGAGACGGAGAAUCACCUCGAAGGGCGCUCUACAGCCCCCGACUGGCCAGCCACGGGGGCGAUCGCCAUCCACAACCUCUCCAUCAGAUACGCUAACGAACUGCCCUGGGUGCUGCGCGACAUCAACCUCCAGAUAGGCCCGCGCAUGCACGUGGGCGUGAUCGGUCGCACGGGGGCCGGCAAGUCGACGCUGGCGCUGGCUCUGCUUCGGGUUCUGGAGGCCGGCGGUGGCGGCGGAGGCCAUAUCACGAUCGAUGGCAUCGACAUCGCCUCUGUGCCCCUGACAACCCUGCGCUCGCGCAUUGCGCUGGUCCCGCAGGACCCUGUGCUCUACUCGGGCACCGUGCGCAGUAAUCUCGACCCGUUCGGCCACUACAGCGACGGGGAGCUGCACGCCGCGCUGCAGCGCGUGCACUUCUCCCUGGGCCCCGCGCGCGAAGAUGCUGCCGCAUCGGCGGCACUGCUCAACCAUCCCAUCUCCCCGGGCGGAGCCAACCUGUCCCAAGGCCAGCGACAGAUCCUGUGUCUGGCGCGGGCGCUGAUCACACAGACCCGGAUCGUGGUGCUGGACGAGGCAACCAGCGCGAUCGACCCGGCUACGGACGCGCUGAUUCAACGGGGGAUCCGUGACGCCUUCACGGAGCGCACGCUGAUCGUGAUCGCCCACCGGCUGGCCACCGUCGUCGACUUUGACCGCGUGGUGGUGCUCUCCCAGGGGAUGGUCGAGGAGUAUGGUCCGCCACGGACGCUGUACCAGGCGCAUGGCCCAUUCCAUCACUUCGUGCAAGAGUCAAGGGAUUGUGAGGAAUUGAAG